AUGGCAGUUCAAUCAGUUUUCGACAUCAAAUCUUGCAACGUGGCCAAAAUCGCUGAGCUCCCUUGGCCAGUCAAGCUAUACAUCCUCAUGACAUCUGACUCCAGUAGCCUUAAGGAGCAAGAGGAUUCCGAGGCACACAAUGAUAUAACGCAGCCUGUGUGGUCAAUAACACACUCAUACUUUGCGAAUAUGGGAGGAAUUUUAUAUCGCGGCGCACAAAAGGAGACCCCAUUGACUACAAAAAAUAUUUCAAAGAAUUUUGAGCUCUACAAGUCGCUCAAUCUCACCGAAGAAGACAUCAGAGAUAAAGGAAAAAGUGAUUUAUUUGCUAAGGGAUUAGCAAUAUUGCAAAUCUCACAGCUGGUUCUUUCGCUGAUAGCCCGAGCAUACCGGGGUCUGCCGUUUUCACAGUUAGAGACACUUACGUUGUCGUUUUCUGUUUGCGGUGUGGCUACAUAUCUAUCUUGUUGGUACAAACCGCAGAAUGUGGAAGUGGCUACCCAGAUCAAAGAGAAACCCCCACUACAAGCGAAAGAUUUCCCAAAGUUCUAUGACAAUUUUUGGAAUGUUCUCAUGAACACUGAGCCCAAGGGACAGGGUGAUCGUAUAGCAAAUGACAACAUCCCAAGCGAAUCACAGCAAAAUGCUCAUGCAGUCAUUCCACUCCUCGCUCUUCUUUCAGCUGCUUUUGGAAGUCUGCACUUGAUAGCCUGGAAUUUCGACUUCCCGACAAGCAUUGAACAGCUACUUUGGCGAAUAGCCACUAUUUUAUCAAUUGCAGUUCCGAUCCUAGGUCUGCUUGCCAUUCCGUUAGCACAGAUCACCGUCAAAGCAGGCGAUCCUCAACAAUUCAUGGGCGACUGCUCUCAACUGCUGCGUGAGCUUCUGUGGGACGAUCCAACUAGACGCGAUGCUCAGAAAGCUGUAUUGAAAUUGGAGAGUAUCCAAACUGAGCCACGAGAAACCGAGCCACGCGAAUACAAGGAUAUAUUUGACCAGCCAUCCUUGCCUGACGACAUGCUUGAGCUCAUGGAGAGAUCACUUGAGGAGAGUACGCGUAACCUUCUCCGAGAGCCACUGCCGUUUUUACUUAACCUGAGACGACUGGUAAAGGGGAUGAAAGGAUUAGCACCGAAGAGGAUUGUUAAUAACUGCAACACGCAUAAAUUCCCGCGCAGAUCUCUUCUUCCGGAAAGUCUCAACUUGAUUAUCAUCUACAUCACCGGCUUGAUCUACUCUCUAUCUCGACUGAUGAUCAUAGCUCUCGCGCUGUCAAGCCUUCGGUCUAUGCCAGACGAAGUUUAUGUGAUUACAUGGACCAAAAAUAUCCCUUCUAUUCAAUAG